AUGACUCCUGGAAAUGGUUCUUUUGUGACUGCAUUCAUUCUGGUGGGGCUAACAGACCUACCACAUCUCCAGCUCCUCCUGUUCUGCCUAUUUCUAGUCUUGUAUGUGGUCACUGUGUUGGGAAAUUUGGGCUUGAUAGCUCUAAUUGGGCUGAAUUCACACCUGCAAACCCCCAUGUACUUUUUCCUCUUCAAUUUGUCCUUCAUAGAUUUCUGUUAUUCUUCUGUGUUUACACCAAAAAUGCUGAUUAAUUUUACAUCAGAGAAGAAUAUUAUCUCCAACAGGGGGUGCAUGACCCAGCUCUACUUUUUUUGUUUUUCUAUCAUUUCUGAAUGCUAUGUGCUGACAUCAAUGUCCUAUGAUCGCUAUGUGGCCAUCUGUAACCCACUUCUGUAUAAUAUUGUCAUGCCCCCUAAAGUGUGUUCCAGCCUUAUGCUUGUUUCAUACUUGGUGGCAUUUUUUGAUGCCAUGGCCCACACAAGAUUCAGGCUGAGACUGACCUUCUGUGAUGGAAAUACCAUCAACCAUUAUUUUUGUGACAUCCACCCCGUGCUCCAGCUUUCCUGCACAAGCACCUAUGUGAAUGAGCUGGUGGUUUUCAUCGUGGUGGGCAUCAAUGUGAUUGUGCUCAGUGUCACCAUCUUUGUGUCUUAUGCUUCCAUCCUCUCCAGCAUCCUCCGCAUCAGCUCCACUGAGGGCAGGUCCAAAGCCUUCAGCACCUGCAGUUCCCACAUAAUUGCUGUUUCCUUGUUCUUUGGAUCAUGUGCGUUUACGUAUCUCAAACCAUCAUCUAUAUCUAUGCAUAAGGAGAAAAUCUCUUCUGUCUUUUAUACCAGUGUAGGUCCCUUGAUGAACCCUUUCAUUUACAGCUUGAGAAACAAAGAUGUUAAAACUGCUCUGAAAAAAACCCUCAGUAGGAGCAGGUUUUGA